GGGUCGCUGCCUGGCCAGGCUCCAGCCCUUUGAGCUCCUAGUUUCUGGGUCCCUUCUGGCCGCUACACUGGCUGUGUGCACAGUGGAUCAGGGCUUCAUGACCAAAAAAUGCUGAAUCCAUUUGGUCAAGUUUGUCAGAUGGGUGACUAGCAUUGUACGAAGACCAAAGGUCUGCAUGAAUGACUGCAUUUUUAAUGAAUUGACUGGCUAUUUGGCAUCCCAUGAACAGAAUUUAAUGCCGUGUACUGCAAACUGCUGCGAAGGAUAAUGGAGACAGCUUUUCCAAGGCCUAUUUUCAUUCCUAGGAGAGGGAGGAGGCUCCAUUUGAAGCCUGGUGAGGAUUGGUUCGUGUAGACCAACAAGCCAAGAAGGAAGCAUCCUUGUCCACAGGGGUCUAAGGUGGGACUUGUUCCUCAGAUUGCAGGAACCCAUCUCAAUAGUAUGACUGGAACAUUGUCACAUACCAGUCAACAGUGCUUCAUCAAAAGAAGUCUUCAUCUUUUGAACCUGACCUGGGAGGUUUAGAGCAAGAGUUUAGAGCUUACACUAGCAGGUGCUGGUCUUGAUGCAGAGAGUGGGAGCAUUUGGCUGAGAAGGUCACCACCCUUUGCAGCUGCUGGAUGUUACCCUUGGUUGGGUCUCACCAUCAGCAGUUGGCCAGUUUCGGUGGCAGAAGAGGCCACAGCUGCUUCCUGUCAGCCUCCUGGGCAGAAGCAUGCGGUGGUGUCUCCUCCUGAUCUGGGCCCAGGGGCUGAGGCAGGCUCUCCUCCCCGCCUCAGGAGCCAUGACAGGCAGAAUAGUAACAGUGGGGAACAUUUCUGCAGAAGAAGGUGGCUCUGUCACCUUACAAUGUCACCUCUCCUCUACCACUGCCAAGGUGACUCAGGUCAACUGGAAGCAGCAGGACCAAGUUCUGGCCAUUCGUCAUGACACCUUGGGGUGGCACAUUGACCCACCCUUCAUGAAGCGAGUGGUCCCUGGCCCCAACCUGGGCCUCACUCUCCGGUCACUGACCGUGAACGACACAGGAGAGUACUUCUGCAUCUAUCACACCUACCCUGAUGGGAUUUACACAGGGACACUCUUUCUGGAAGUCCUGCGAAGCUCAGCGGCUGAACACAGAGCUGGGUUCCAGAUCACAUUGUUUGGAGCUGUGGCCACAGUGCUUGCGGUCGUCUGCACAGCAGUCAUGGUGAUGGUCACGUGGGCCAGAAAGAAAUCUCUCAGAACCUGUCCAGCAGAAGGUGCCCUGAGGCAGAUCCCAUCUGAACGGGAGGAGUGUAGGCCCAGGGUCCAGAGAAUACCCGCCAGCAUUGGUGUCCCGGUGGAGGCCGUGGCUGGAGACCUUUACGCGGAGCUCAGGGGCCAGGAUCCAGAUGCCGAGCAGCACGACUACUUCAAUGUCCUGAGUUACAGGAGCCUCGGGAGCUUCAGCUUCCCUACGGAGACUGGUUAGCUCCCUACCUACGGGGACAUCUUCUGGGAGGCACGUUCCUAUCUUUGCUGUUACAGAUGGACGUGUAGGCAUCUGCACAUCCCAGUCCUGUGUGUUUGCGCGUGUAUGUGUGCGUAUGCAUGUACGUGUGCACAGGCACGCGUAUGCCUGUGUACGUGCAUAUGCGUGUGUGUUCAAUUGAGUGAGUGAAUGUCAUCCUCUUUUCUGUUUCCUCCAUCCUUCCCUUCUUCCAUCCUGGCAGACCCCACUGCGGAGCUUGUGUCUUGAUGGUGACUGCAAAGUUAAAAACCAUACAAACACUUGACCCGGUUUUAAAUCUGGCAGUUGGUGCAGUGCCCAUGGCUCUGAGAUAUGCAUUUCCCCCCGAGUAACACUGGGCAGGGUUUGGGGCUGCAGGGCUUUGUGAUGGAUGACAGUGAUGGGCUGACAGCAGAGACUUCUCAUCUCAUUUCUCACUGUCAUUUUCAUCAACGUUCACACACUCCAGGCAUUUUAUGAAUAAGGUAUGUUACCAGUGUCUAUGAGGAGAUUGGAGGAUGACAAAACCAUUGUCUUAGGCCCCAGCCUUUAAGGACUUACAGUUAGGUGGAGAGACAACCUUUACAUUAAAAGGUAGUGAGGAGAUAAGGGUUCAAGACACAGGCCUUUGGGAAGAGAUGUCAGUUCAGGAUGAGGUGGUCAGGAUAAGCUUACCUGUGGUGACAUGGCCUCAGCUUGUGUAGGGGUCAGUGAACCUGGGCUGGAAAAGCAGGAGUUUUUGUCCAGGGAACUCAUAGAAACUGAAGUUGGGAGCUGAAAGUCCUACAUGGAAGGCUUCCAUGUGGGAGGGAGCCAGCAAGGCUUCAGAUUUUUUUUCUGGCCACACCCAUGGCAUAUGGAGUUUCCAGGCCAGAGAUCCAAUCCGAGCUGGAGCUUCAACAUACGCCAUAACUGCAGCAAUGCCAGACCGUAAACCCACUGCACCAGGUCGGGGAUCAAACUCGCACCUCAGUAAUGACCCCAGAUGCUGCAGAGACAAUGCCAGAUCCUUAACCCACUGUGCCACAGCAGGGAACUCCAAAGCUUCACGUUUUAUUCUCAGGGCAGGCAGUUCAAAUUGUCUUCUGCUAGAUGUUCUCAGAGUCCAGCGAUGGUCUGAUUUGGAGGAUUCUAGGCUCUUGCAGCCAUGUGCUCUGGGGAAGCCCUCAGAAAUGGUGUGUGUUCACUGUGGGAGCUGUAGUUCAGCCCUUGGGCCAUGAUCCACCAACCUACUUCUUCUCUAUCAACCUACCAUUGAGCCUUUGAAGAAAGAAUCUGUUUCCUACCAGUGGGAAAAUCUGGAUUGUCUUCCUAGAAAAACAAAGGAGGGUGAUAGAGGGUUUAAAAAUUGAGCACCCUCAAACCAGCUGCCUAGAACCCUCAAAUUCACCCCCUGACCUCUUUGUGCUGGGCUUGGGGUAGCAUCUGAGCUGCUCAUUUCUGUUUUAAUUGGCAUUCAGGUCUUAUCCUCGCACCACUUCUCUUGGCAGAGUGAGGGAGGUUGGGUUUACGGGAGCCUCCUUUCCUUUCCUGGGCAUGCAAGCUGGGAGAUAAACUGUGAAGCAAGACUGUCCUUUGUCAAUGGUUAACACGGAGCCUUGACCUGCUCCCUCAGAAUUAGGCUGGUUGAGUGAGAAGACACUUCAACUCCUGUUCCUCCUCUGAUUUUGAUUUUGGUUUUUUGUCACUUCUCUACCAAACAGGUAUGUAGUCAGGAGCAAUGAGCUGAAAUCUGUCCACAGUGCCAAGUCCUUUGGAAGAAAGCUAGUUACAUGUAAGAAAGUUGUUAUUUGCCAUGGUAGUUCACAACAUUUUUCUUGCAAAACCAGUGCAGGUUGGUGGGGAGUAGACGACAAUUCACAAUUCACAAAUGAACUAACAUGGAAUGACAAAAAGGGCAUGGUGGUUUGACGUGGUGAAGGUGUAUGUUAGGCUGAGGCUGGACUGAGAGUUGGGUGUGACUCACAUGAUUACGGUAGCAGGGAGACAGUUACAAAUGCCAUUUGGAUGGUGACAAAAAUACAAAAGGACCCAUAGAUGUUGUAAAUGGGCCAGGUUACUAAAAUGAGAUUGAAUUAGACAGAAAAUGAAUCUGAAAGUGGAAUUCUUUGAACUAGAAUUUCCUUGGGGAACAGAGAAGACAACCCCCUAAAAGCCAGGUUCCUGGCAAUGUGUGCUGUCCAGGAUGGCAGCCACUCUCUGCGUGUGGCUGUCUGGCACGUGAGAUGGUUAGUCCUGUUGAAAUGGGCUGUGCUGUGAGUGGAAAAUACCAGAUUUUGAAGACUUACUGUGAAUAAUAAGGAUAUAAACUGUCACAUGAGUAAUUAAAAAUAUUGAUGAUAUGUCAGAAUGAUAUUUUGUAUAUAUUGGGUUAAAUAAAAUAUAUUAUUAAAACGAAUUU